AUGGCUUCAACAAUAACUACCCUCUCCAGAAUAAAACCCCCACUCUUCACCAGAUUAAUGGCGAAGAUGGUCUCGAACCCUGUGUGGUUAAGAGGCCCUGCGUGGGAAGAAGGAAGGCUAUCUGAAAAAAUUCCAUCACUGUUAUUAUUAUUAUUUUUGCUGCGCAAUAUUUCUUUCUCCAGAUCUUUUGUCGUCGUUGCCAAAUCCCCAUUUGUUGCACCACCACAACCACAAAAGAAUACACUAUUAUCGCCAACCAUGAGCCAUUUGUCGGAAGAUGAAGACGAUGUUUCAUUGGCCAGUCGCGCCAGGAGAAAAACCCCGGUUUCGUACCUUGAGUCCGACAGUGAUGAAGAUAUCCCAAUGAGCAAACAUUCGAAACAAAGCCCAAAUACCAGUGAUACUUCGGUGACUUCUAGCAAUGCCAGUAAGAAAACUCCUAAGAAAUCUUCCAAAAGACCAAAGAUUGAGGAUUCUAGUGAUGAUGAAGAGAAAGUUUUACCGAAAAAAAAGGCAAAGAAACCAGCCACCACUAAAAAGAAAACUGCUGGAUCAUCAUCCUCAACGAAAGUGAAAAAGGAACCAAAAGUGAAAAAGGAAACUAAAGCGAAAAUUGAAGAAACCAAGUCUUCCAAAAAACUAAAAAAGGAAGAUAGCAAUGAUGAACCAGGAGAAGAAGGGGAAGAAGACGAGUACAAAUGGUGGGAAAAUGAAGAUAUGAACGAUGAAAUAAAAUGGAACACUUUGGAACACAAUGGGGUGAUGUUUCCUCCAGCGUACGAGGCGUUACCUAAAAAAGUCAAGCUUAUUUAUGAUGGUCAGCCAGUAGUGUUACCAUUGGAAGCCGAAGAAGUAGCAGGGUUUUUCGGGGCGAUGGUGGAAACCGAUCAUGCCAAAAACCCGGUGUUCCAAAAGAAUUUCUUUAGAGAUUUCCUUGAGGUUUUAGAUGCGGCUGGCGGUACCAAAAACGGCAUCAAAAUUAAAGAUUUUGCCAAAUGUGAUUGGAGUAAAAUUUAUCAGCAUUACGAAGAAAAGAAAGAACAAAGGAAAGCACUUUCUUCUGCGGAGAAAAAAGAAAUCAAACUUAAGAAAGAUGAAGAAGAGGCCCCGUUCAAGUUUUGUAUGUUCAAUGGAAGAAAAGAACAAGUUGGGAAUUUCCGGGUCGAACCUCCAGGAUUGUUUCGUGGUCGAGGAUCCCAUCCAAAAACCGGGACUCUUAAAAAACGGAUUUAUCCAGAGGACAUCACCAUUAAUAUUGGGAAAGAAGCAAAGAUUCCUGAGCCUCCUGCUGCUCAUAAAUGGGCCGAAGUCCGUCAUGAUAACACUGGAGGGUGGCUUGCCAUGUGGAAAGAAAAUGUGUUAGGAGGCACCAAAUAUGUCAGAUUGGCGGCCAAUUCCAGUCUUAAAGGGAUGAGUGAUUUCAAGAAAUUUGAAAAAGCCCGUGAAUUGAAAAAUCACAUUGAAGUGAUCCGUCGUGAUUAUUACGUGAAUCUUUCGUCAAAAAUGAUGUACGAUCGUCAAUUAGCAACCGCCACAUACUUGAUUGAUGUUUUGGCGUUGAGAGCCGGAGGUGAAAAGGGGGAUGAUGAAGCAGACACCGUGGGUUGUUGUUCGUUACGUUAUGAACAUAUCACGUUGCAGCCGCCAAAUACCGUGAUUUUCGAUUUCUUGGGUAAAGAUUCGAUCAGAUUCUAUCAAGAAAAAGAGGUGGAUAAACAAGUAUUCAAAAACUUGAAGAUUUUCAAAAAGCCUCCAAAGGGGGUUGGAGAUCAAUUGUUUGAUCGGAUCGAACCGUCGCUUUUGAAUAAGCAUCUUCAAAACUAUAUGCCUGGUUUGACCGCCAAAGUGUUCAGAACUUAUAAUGCCAGUAAGACCAUGCAAGAUUUAUUGAAAAACAUUCCGAAUGAAGGGUCGAUCAAUGAGAAGCUUGUGAAGUUCAACGCUGCGAAUCGUGAGGUGGCGAUUUUGUGUAACCAUCAGCGGUCGGUCACCAAAGGCCAUGCGGCGAGCGUGGCGAAGAUCGAUGAUAAGAUCAAUGAAAUGCGUUGGCAAAAGCUUCGUCUCAAAAAGAUCAUGUUGAUGGUGGAUUCCAAAUUGAAGAAAAAACUUGGGGCCGAUUAUUUUGCGGAAAUUGGUUCGAUUGAUGAACCAACCCAAAACACGAUUAUUGAAAUGUACAUUGACCGAGAAAAAGACCGGCUUACCAAGAAAUUCCAUAGAGAUAAUGAUCGAUUGAAGAUGGAGGAAAAACCAACGAAACCUCCAAGUGAAUUGAAGGAAGUUAUGCAGAAGUACGAUAAGUUGCGAACCAUGUAUCUUAAAGAAGCCAAGACUGGGAAGAUUGCCAAAUCAGAAAUCGAGGAUAAGAACCAUGAUGUUGAAAAAUUGCAAAAACAAGUGACGAAAAUUGAAGAACGUAUCGCCACCACUUCAUUACAAUUGAAGGAUAAAAAGGAUAAUGCUACGGUGUCUUUAGGUACUUCAAAGAUCAAUUAUAUUGAUCCUAGAUUGUCGGUGAUGUUCAGCAAAAAAUACAAUGUUCCUAUAGAGAAAUUGUUCACUAAGACCCUUAGAGAUAAAUUCAAGUGGGCAAUUGAAUCUGCCGAUGAAAAUUGGGAAUUUUGA